AUGGCAAGGGACAGCUGCUUGGCUCGAGUCACCGCUGGCGUUGCCGUUGGUGGUGCUGUUGGCGGCGCCGUCGGUGCUGUUUAUGGGACUUAUGAAGCUAUUAGAAAUAGGGUUCCUGGACUUCUGAAAGUAAGGUAUAUUGGGCGAACUACAGUUGGAAGUGCUGCAAUAUUUGGUCUCUUCUUGGGGGCCGGGAGCUUGAUACAUUGUGGAAAGUCUUACUGA